UUAUAUCUAGAGGUAUAUUUAUUCAUGUAGAGGUUCAUCUAAAAAAAAAGUGCUGCAGUUAGCUGACUAACCAUUUAAAUGAAUCAAUAUGUAAUAGCAUUUAAUUAAAUUAAAGUAAAACGUGUUUAGAAUGAAGGUUAAUUAACUAAACCCCAUGACAUCUGAAGAUUGCUGAAAAAUAAGAAAUCAACAUGUAGAUUUUAUCUGAACGUUUCCCUGUUGGUUUUUGUUUAGACCUUUCUGUUUAGGGGGGUUCGGCUACCAGGCUAGCAUAUUCAAAUGUACUUAUUUAUUUAUCAGCGCUAUAUUGAUUGCAUAACAUUGCGUGCAAAUGUCAAUGAAAGUUCUGCUUUGAUACAGGUUGCUCUCCAACUAAAUGAUCAAACAAAGCACGAAUGCAUUAGUUUCCAUUUAGCCUUCAAAAGUGGGACUUCUCGAGUUUAUGUCCCACACCGUCGAGUCUUCAGGUCCAUCCCAUGAGCUCCUCCCUAAAACAUGCAGAUGGCGUCUCCAUCGGGCUUUUGAGCGGCCGCACAGGUGCUGCAUAGAUGAGUUGGUCCGAGGACAUCGACAUGUGAGCCUAUUUGCAGGUGCUAUGGGGGCGCGUGCAUCGACCCUGGAGGGUCAGACGAGAGCAAAUCCCAACACGUUCCCCUUCGGUCUGGAGAAGUUUUGCGUCGACGCGGUCACGACCUGCUUCUCUCGGAACGCAGACGCGCGUUGCGUCCCCAUCGGCCUCAGCUCUGUAGCUGCGCUGCUUUUACUGCUGCCAUGCUGUCUCUUCGUGUAUCAGAGGUGCAGGUUUCGAGGAGAAACUCCAGGAGGAAGCGUCUCUUUCCUCUACAGCUUCCUCGGUAACCUGUGCGCCACAAUCGGAGCCGUUCUGUCCAGACAGCUGCAUAUUCUGGUUUUGAUAGGUGCUUUUGCUGCUGCUAUGGAUGCUGUUAGUUGUAUUUCUUGCUGCUGCCAUGUGCUCCUGUACUGGAACUCAAAAGCAGGCAGGAGGCUGAGGACGAUGAGAGGGCGGCGGAGGCAGCACCUCCCUGCAGUGUGUGUACUGAUGGUAGUUACAGGAGGCUUUCUGAAAUCCAGGGUGACCCCCCUCCCAGCAGUCGGGCCUCUCGUUGGCAGGAGGAGACUGCUGCUGCAUGCCACCCUCCGAGACAACACUGAAGUCCUGGGUUACAUACUCGGCCUGCUGUCCUGUGUCAUCGCCUGUACCUCCAGGUUCCCAGCUCUCUGCAGAGCAUACAGAGGACAGAUGCUGGCCCGGGCCUACAUGUUCUCUGGACUGCUGUGCUCACUGGCUGGUGCCCUCUAUGCCGCUGCCAUACUCCUCUACGACACUGAGUUUGGCUUUCUUUUAAGACUCAUGCCAUGGCUGCUGUCAGCAAUAUGCUCUGCCACCAUGGACCUUCUUAUACUUGUCAUCCACUGGUGGAGGAGAGGAACCGCACAGAAGCUGACCAGUUUUUCUCCAGACACAGAGAGCCUUUUAUGUAGCUCCCGCAUCCUCACUGAGGACAACGCUGUCAUGAAGAGAAAAAGAAAGCAGCAAGUUCUUUCGUCAGCAGGAACAAAAACAAAAGAUGGCCAGAAGAUGACUGAGAUGGGUGGUUAUAUGGAUGUCACUGUUCAACCUGCAGGAAAAAUAUGCUUUGAGAAGGUGGAGGACCGGUCUCUCAACCAAACGGUGCGAAUGAUCAGAGUCGACAGUUUCUGCUCAGAAACAUCCUGUGACUCUUCACUAGUCAGCUCUGACCUGGAGGGUUAUUGGGUCAUAUCCUGUAUUUUGCUAGUCGACCUGGGUUAUCAGGGCUGGACUGGAAAAAGCCCAGCGGCGGAGAUAAGAACCAGACCAGACGGCCAGGGCUCCUCCGUCCUCUCCAUCAUCCCUCAGACCUCGUGUCCAUCUGGCUGUUCGGGGGCUUUAAACGAUAAUGCUGGAGCAACAGCGCAGGGCAUUUUUAACUGAAGGGACUUCCUCGAACCUGAUAACGGAACAAUACACAGAUUAGAGCAAAGUUAUGGAGCACAUUUUACGCCUCCCUGUUACAUUUCCUCAAGCCAAUAUCCGUCUGAGACAUGUGACCGGGAGACAACUAAUGAAGUGUAGCAAAGCAAUUGCUGAUAUCGGCAGUAUAAAUGAAUGUUACUUAACACCUUGUUUGGGGGUGUAAACACGAGGGCCGGGAGAUAAUUCAGCAUUUAUUUAAGAUCGUAAUAACAUCAGAUGGAGAUUGUCCUACCAGUUUCUGUUAAUGAUUACAUUAAUGAUUUUGAGCAGACAUUUUUGAAGAAUUUGCUCUCGUGUAUUGGGGAAAAAAAGAAUGAACUGCUUUCAACAUCCGUUUCAUUAUUGUGUGUGUGGUUUUAUAUACAUUCGUCUUGUUAUGAAAUCCAUAUUCAUAUUGUGUAAUGUUUUCAACCAUAUUGUCCAGCCCCACUGAUGGUGGAAAUACUUUUGACAUC